AAGUCUACCUCGCCUACCCUCCAUCUCACACGCAAAAGAUCCUGCAAGUGUCAAACUAUCCAAGAUACGGCAGGAAAAUCUCUUUCGCCAUGCUUCCUUCCUUUGUCCAGAACAAAUUUCGACCAUCAACACAGCCGCAGAGAGCACUACAUCCGACAGGCUUCCUUGACGGCAUGAGAGGAGUCGCAGCAUUUUUGGUCAUCGUGUUCCAUCUCGUGGUCUGCUGUUACGACGCAAAGCACGGCUAUGCAUCUGGCGAACACGGCGAACAUCGCGAGCUCUUCAAGCUUCCAUUCAUCCGUAUCAUCUACGCCGGGCCCACCAUGGUAUCCAUCUUCUUUGUGGUAUCGGGCUAUGCGUUAUCCUACAAACCAGUCAAGCUCAUGAGGAGCAAGGAAUGGCAGAGCCUGUCACAAUCGCUGGCCUCAUCGAUCUUUCGUCGUGCCAUUCGUCUGUUCUUGCCUUGCAUCGUGUCGACGUUCCUCAUCUCUUUGAUGAUCUGGUCAGGGCUGUAUGAUUGGGGUGCCGACUUCGCCAAAGCAAGAGGACAUUACAAUACCAGGCAUGAUAUUGAUAUCCCAAGAUUCGACUCACUGGCUGCACAGUUGGCGUUCUGGGCAAGGGAGACCUCUACAAGACUGAUCAAUCCCUGGUCGUUCUCGGCGAAGAGCACUGAGGUCACUAUCGAUGGUCAUCUCUGGACCAUUCCCGUUGACCAAGCUGGUCUGGCGCACCUGAGGAGCAAGGUUCGCAUGGUCGUCCUAGUCUUCCUCAUUAUCUGGGUACAUCAGAUGGGUCGUUGGGAGAUGAUACUUUUCUACGGCGGGUUUCUCUGUGCUGAUCUCGGAUUCCACCGCUCUUCGACUUCGACGCCGAUCUUGCCGACUGAUGACUCGACCAAAAAGCACGGAAUCAGAAGAUUCAGCCCGGCAAUAUUCGUUUGCAUCUUCAUUCUGGGGAUGUACCUGGGCUGCCAGCCACAGAAGAGAGCAGACAAAACUCCUGGUUGGGUCACUCUUGCCAGUAUGAUCCCCGAUCAUGUCGGAAACCGCAAACGUUACUGGCCGGGUUGGGGAGCGAUAUUACUUGUCUGGUCCACUUCCUGCUAUAAGCCACUGCAACGUCUGUUUGACAACAAACUUUCCCAGUAUCUCGGUAAGAUUUCAUUCUCACUAUAUAUCGUCCAUGGCGCUGUGACCCAUGUGAUUGGAUAUCCAUUAAUGAAUAUUCUGGAUGGUGUCUUGGGACGAGAUGAUGCUCUCAACAAGGCGGUUAGCUUUAGUGUCGGAUUUGCAGCGACCUUGUUCUUUACUGUCUGGCUUGCUGAUCUGUUCACGAGAGCGGUCGACGAGCCAUCAAUCAAAUUUGCGAAAUGGGUGGAAGAGAAGUGCAAUGACUCUAUCGAA